CACUUUUGUAAACGGCCAACCCGUUAAUAAUCGAGCCCGAAUAGCGUCGCGAUGGCGCCGGUCCUUACCUUCUCCUCUCCCGCACGCUCGCGGCGCCGUGUCCAUUCUGCUCCGGACACGAAAUUCCACCAUGAGCGUCCCCCGUAGGCUGCUAGCCGUCGCACGGCCUUCGAUUCCACGAGCGCUCUCUACACCGCGACCCGCAGCACGAGCCCCGCAGGCCUCGCUGCUCUUUGCCCGCCACCAGUCGAACCAAGCAGCCACCAGAAAGCUACACCAUUCGGCCCAGCGCCGCGCGCAGGUCGCCGCCGCUGCCGUAGAGCCCGAGCCCGAACCCGUCUACGAUUCUACAAAUCCUGCACUAUCCUUUCCGUGCCUUGACAAGGUAGAGUCGCGGUCCGCUUCUCUCUCCCGCCGUACAGCCGCCUCCGGACCCGAGCCCUCAUAUACCACCGGAAGGCACCUUAACUUCUAUUCACGAAAGCCUAUCCUCCUUGAUUGGGGUGGCAUACUCCCUGAGUUCAACAUCGCCUAUGAGACGUGGGGUCAUCUGGACGCGAACAAGAGCAAUGCUAUCCUGCUACAUACCGGUUUGUCAGCAUCAAGCCAUGCACACAGCACUGAAACGAACCCGAAGCCCGGCUGGUGGGAGAAGUUCAUCGGGCCUGGAAAGCCUCUGGACACGGAUAAGUACUUCGUCAUUUGCACGAAUGUGAUCGGCGGAUGCUAUGGCUCGACAGGACCUUCGUCGGUUGACCCUGCAAACGGCGAGCAAUACGCGACAAGGUUCCCCAUUCUUACCAUGGAGGACAUGGUAAGAGCACAACUCCGUCUGCUCGACCACUUGGGCAUCGCGAAGCUCUAUGCUAGCGUGGGGUCCAGCAUGGGCGGUAUGCAAAGCCUUGCAGCGGGCGUGCUGUCUCCCGAGCGUAUUGGGCGAAUCGUCAGCAUCAGCGGAUGUGCUCGAAGCCAUCCUUACAGCAUUGCCAUGAGGCAUACGCAGCGGCAAGUGCUCAUGAUGGACCCAAACUGGAAUCGGGGCUUCUACUAUGGCGGCAUACCGCCGCAUGGGGGCAUGAAGCUAGCCCGCGAGAUUGCAACCGUUACGUACCGCAGUGGUCCCGAAUGGGAGCAACGGUUUGGCCGCCGCCGAGCGGAUCCUUCGCGCCCUCCAGCGUUGUGCCCAGACUUCCUCAUCGAGACGUACCUUGACCAUGCCGGGGAGAAGUGGUGUCUCGAGUACGACCCCAACAGCCUAUUGUACGUCUCCAAGGCAAUGGAUUUGUUCGACCUGGGCCAGGAGCACCGCAACCGCAUCAACAAAGUGAGGCAGGAGAACAGCGGCAAACUGCAGGCUUAUUGGGAGGGAAGGGUCCCUGCAUACGAUGCCAACAGCGACAUUUGCAGUUUGACGCUACCUGACAAGCCUUACGAGGAGAAGGAGCAGUCUGCGGACGAAGACACGGUUGGUGUUGAGGCUGCUUCGCACGAAGUGCCCGCGGAUCUAGUUGCUGGGCUUAAACCCCUCGCAAACACUCCGGCUCUCGUCCUAGGCGUCGCCAGCGACAUUCUGUUCCCGGCGUGGCAGCAGCGGGAAAUAGCGAACACGCUCAAGCGGACGGGCAACAAGAACGUCACACACAUUGAGCUGGGCGAGGAGAAAAGCCUGUUUGGCCACGAUACUUUCCUGCUCGACUUGGAGCACGUUGGAGGCUCUGUGAAGUCGUUCCUGGGAUGAUGCUGUGGGUCACGAUUCCUUCGCUUCAUUCCUGUCCUUCUGUAUUAUUCCUUCUUGCAUCAUGUCUGUAGCGUUGCAUUGCAAGGCGUUGAGGGCUUUCAACUGUCUCAUUGAUUGUAUUCAAAUUUGAAUCCUUAUCGUGCGAAGGCACAUCAGAUCGAC